GGCGGAGGCGGAGGCGGCGCGGAAACGCUCCCUGAAGAGCCUCCUCCCCGCGCGGACCGAAGGCCGACCGGCCGACACCCGCGCUUCCAGCUCAGAAUGAGACCAGCCGCUUCCGGUCGGGAUGGCGGCGGCGGGGACGGCCCCUCCCACCCCCGCGUCAACGUGACCACCAGCCGGAGCCCGACCCUCCAGAGCCGCCCGGACCGAGGCCCGGAGCCCGGGGCGCGCCGGCCUGGCCCAGCGCCGAGCCGAGGGCGGGACUCGCGCCGCCGCUCCGCCCCCGCCGGGCGCGCCGGGGUCCGGGUGCCGCGGGGCCGCCAUGCCUGGCCGCCUGCUGCGGGACCUGCGGGGCUGGUGGCGCCGCUACAGGUACCGCUUCGUCCCCUGGGUCGCGCUGAACAUCAGUCACAACCCCAGGACCCUGCGCUACGUCCCCGCGGAGCCUGAGGACAAAGUGGUCCCGGACGCCGAGGUCCUGGGGACGCUGCUCGCCGUCUUCCGGGCGCUGUUCGCCACCGCCCUCCCCCGGCAGCGGGACGUCCUGGCGGCGCUCCCGGAACCCGUUCGGUCCAAGUACCAAGACCCGCUGUCGGCUCAGCCUCCGGGGGCGCCCGUGCUCGGCCUCACACCCCAAGGCGUUCUGUACCGGACCCUGGGCUUCAGCGUGGCCCGCGCGCCCAGCUCGCUGGCGGCCGCCGGGAGGGGCGUCUUCGUGGCGGCGGGACGGGCCCCGCGGGGCGCCGUGGUCGGCAUGUACCCGGGUACAGUAUAUCAGAAAUAUGAGCCAAUCUUUUUCCAGUCUAUUGGGAAUCCAUUUAUUUUUAGAUGCUUGGAUGGCAUGCUCAUUGAUGGAAAUGACAAGGGACUAUCGAAAGUCGUGUACAGAUCUUGCAGUGGAAGGGACCGACUUGGCCCUUUAAGAAUGAGUGAUAGCACUUGGCUAACAUCAGAAAUUCAGAACCCUCUGGCGGUAGGCCAGUAUGUCAACAACUGCUCCAGUGACAGACCAGCGAACGUCUGCUAUCAGGAGUUCGACGUGCCCGCGGGGUUCCCUGUGGAACUGAAGCAGUACCUUCCCAACACCACCUACAGCUGUGCCCCGCAAAGCUACAAAGAACGUUUUUACUCUAGUCAUUUUAAGGGUUGCGUCUCCACCUGACAUGAGAGGACCUAGCUGAAGGGGCCAAAUUACACCUGAUUUCUUUUGCUCUUUCCACUAUUAGAUUUGGAAACCUGAUCGUGAAAAAAAGAGUAGGCCAACUAUAUUUAAAUUAAAAAAUAAAAUUUUAAAAAUAGUGAAAAAAGGGAAAUACUCAGAAGAUAACAUUUGUAUUACAGUAUAGCAAUUUUCUGCCCAGUAAGUCUACUAGAAUACUCAAGUAACAGUUUUUAAUAAGUGAUUCUGUGGAGUUAUCAACAAUGCUGUAGGAAAUGUAAUCUUUGUAUCAUUCCACUGAGUUGCCAUUUGUUAGCAAACUUACUUUUGUGUGGGUCCCAGUGUCCUUUUGAAAUGAAUGUAUUUAAAAACUGAAGACUGUUCCCUGGACUUAAAACUGGGUAACUUUUCUCCGUGUGUGCUGGGCAUUUACGUUUCUUUAACAUCCUCGGGGGCAUAACGCGUUACUACCCAACCGGUACAGGAAACGCUGCGUGAGCAGGAACAUUGAAGAUUUCACCUCUUGCCCUGGCCGGUGUGCUCAGUGGUUAGAGAGUCGGCCACACAUGGGACAGUCGGUCUCUGGUUCGAAUCCCCAUGAAGGGCACAUACUGGGUUGCAGGUUCGAUCCCCAGACCAAUAGGGUAUGUGCAGGAAGCAACUAGUCGAUAUGUCUCUCUCACAUCAAUGUUUCUCUCCCUCCUUCCCACUCUCUAAAAAAAAAAAAAAAAAAUCAAUGGAAAAGGUAUCCUCAGGUGAGGAUUAACAAAACAAAAAAAGAUGACAUGUCUCGUUGUGUCCAUAAGAAGUAUUUGUUAAUCCAAUUAAUUUCAAUUAAUGUUUCUAGCUUUGCAGAAUAUAAACAUACAAAUUUUAAAAUGCUAAACUUAUAAUGAAUUAUCACUUUUAAAUGCUUUUUUUGUGAUACCAGUUUUGAGGACCUGAGCGUCAGUGUUCAGAAGUAGUCAGUUGUAUAAACUUAUUGAUCUGUCCUAGCUGGUGUGGCUCAGUGAAUAGAACAUCAGCCUGCGGUCUGAAGGGUUCCGGGUUCGAUUCCAGUCACGGGCACAUGCCCGAGUUGGGGCUCGAUCCCCAGUAGGCAGGAGGCAGCCAAUCAAUGAUUCUCUCUC